AUGCUUGCGUGCUCCCUGUCUCUUCGGCGGAGUCUGCUACUUCCCUCGGCCAAACACCUCUCCCCCAGGACGCUUCGAACUAUUAUUCAAAGCCCCCAGUUCUUCCCUCCGUCGUCGUCUUGCGUGCAGACUCACCGGACCUUCAUUCGACCUGCCUCCGUCCUUCCGUCAUUACCCGUCGGAGCUUCGAGAAACGCAUCGGUUUCUGCCUGGGCCAUCGCACUCACAGUCCUCGCUCUCUGCGGAGGAACUACUUGGUUACGGUAUAACUCAGAUUCUACGGAAGAAGAGAUUCCAGUCAAUCCUCCUGCCUCACGACCUGAGCACGAUCCGUUCCUCGGGAUACUUGACACGCUCAAGACAAUGCCUGUCGAAAUUCCUCCCGGACACGUGGGGAACCUCUCCUUAGAGCAGGAGGCUAAAUUGCAGGAGCUAUGGAUUUUGACACUGAAAGUCUUCGGUGUGAAUGUUGAUAUGCUUGAACGAGCACGUAGCAAGGCCAGUAGUAAGGAAUCAGCGCCGCAGGAGAAGAAGAAGGCCAAACGCGGGUUUGGAUUCUUUGGGGGUGGAGGAAAGGAUACUGCAACCGAGACCACAAAGGACAGCAACUCCAGUGAUCCCCUUGCCAGCACCCUAGCCACCCUGAGUAUCGCGGACGGCGAUGACAAGUACGGGCUGUCCAAGCAGUUCCAAAAAGCCCUGACCGAUAUGACUCCGGAGCAGAUACGCACCACGUUCUGGACCAUGGUCAAGCUCAACAACCCGGAUUCUCUACUCCUCCGAUUCCUGCGUGCCCGUAAAUGGGACGUCAAGAAGGCUCUGAUCAUGUUCGUCUCUACCAUCCACUGGAGAUUGGCGGAUAUGCAUAUCGACGAUGACAUUAUGCUGAAUGGCGAGGCAUUCGCCUUGAAGCAAUCGGAGAGUUCAAACCCCAAAGACCAGAAAUCUGGCAAAGAGUUCAUGUUCCAGCUUCGACAGGGAAAGAACUACUUCCGCGGAGUCGACAAGUUUGGCCGACCGAUCGUUGUUAUCAGCGUUCGCAAGCAUAGAGCAGGUGACCAGAGUGUUCCGGUCAUGGAAAGAUACACUGCCUUCACGAUCGAAGUGGCCCGGUUGAUGCUGGUUCCUCCAGUAGAAACCGCAACCAUCAUCUUCGAUAUGACCAACUUCGGUUUAGCAAACAUGGAUUACGCUCCGGUGAAAUUCAUGAUCAGGUGCUUCGAAGCAAACUACCCGGAGUCUCUAGGAGCUGUCCUUAUCCACAAGGCUCCUUGGAUCUUUUCAGGCAUUUGGAACAUCAUCAAGGGAUGGCUUGACCCGGUAGUAGCCUCCAAGAUCCACUUCACGAAUACCGCCAAAGAUCUUGAAGAAUAUAUCCCCCAUGACCGAAUCAUGAAGGAACUCGAUGGCGAGGAUGAAUGGAAGUACGAGUACAUCGAGCCUCAUCCGGAGGAAAACAAGAAGAUGGAAGAUACUACCACUCGUGACACACUCAUCGCCAAGAGAGGUGAGCUUUCAAAGCAGGUCGAACAAGCAACCAUAGCAUGGAUUCAAGCUACGAAGAGCGGUGACAAGGACGCCAAAGCUGCUGCCACAGAGAAGAGAGACAAUGCCAUUAAGAAACUCACGACUCUAUAUUGGGACCUUGACCCUUAUAUCCGGGCGAGAUCGAUUUACGACCGAUUCGGUAUUAUCAAUCCAGGUGGGAAGAUCAAUUACUACCCAGACAAGGGAACGGAAACCCCGGCAACCAACGGUGCCUCAUCAGUGAAUGGCACCAAGACUGCAGCGACUGAAGCAGAAGUCCCCAUCAAGGAUGAGACUGCACCGUGAUAGUUUCUUUGAGCUGUGGAGGAACUGGAAGAAGACUUGUUCCCCUCCCCUCCCUUUCUAACCUGUUCUUUCUCCUCUAUGUGAAUGUGUGCGUGUUCCUCUUAGACCUGAUUUCUAGAGAUACGUUCCCGUUGCUAUAUUAUCUUCCCUUCAUUUUUUAUUUUUGAAUAUCUGAUAUUCCAUGCCGAGAUCUUGUAUAUGGGGGCUAGUAAGUAUGUAGUUGUCAGUUCCUGGAUAAGAACCUUAUUCCCUGGGACCAGAGUAAAGUACAAAACUUGUAAGCCAGUUUUUGUAGGGCACGUGGAGACCUUCUAAUCCGGAUGUUAAUCUACUGCUACCAAGCGUUUC